GAACCGACCGGCGGAUCCCCUCCUCCGUAACCAACUUCCCCAGUAUUCAAUCAAGAACCUCUACUCAAACAGCAGGCAUGUCUGGGCUCAUCAGAACUAUUUCAACCCGCACUGCUCCAGCUCUGCGCGGACCUAUGAUCACCCAGAGGGCCAGUGUCUUCACCAGACCGGCUAAAGACCCUCUCGGCCCUGCUGAGACAGUCAUCGGACUGGGGAUGUUCGCAGUGGCUAUCCUGGGACCUUCCGGUUGGGUUCUCGCCAACAUUGAGAACUACAAGAAGAAAGAAUAACUUAACAUGGACUCUGUCUUAACUGGGACGUCCCGUACAUUCUCUACUUACUCAAGACCCUCCUGGGACCAUCACUUCAAAAACUCCUCUUAAAACCAUGGAACAAAUCCCCAACCUCCAUGAACUACCUCUUCACUCCAGUCUGUCUGCCAAUAGAAUGGCUGCACAACAUCUCAAGAUUUGUGAAUUUUAAUUGGCUUCUUCAAACAAGGAGUAUGUUACGAUAAUGAUAAUAAACAUAUUUAAACUUUAAA